AUGCAUCGUAUUCGGAUCUCAAAACGCUUCUCAACAAUCGGUUCGAACCCGCUCAUCCCUUCCAAAUUCCGUGUCCAGGAUCCGAAGCUCCUGACAGAAGCCUCCGUCAAAAAUCGUCAAUUAACUCCUUCCGAAGAAGCAAGAGUUCAUGGAUUACAGCGAAUCGCCAUGGACGUCGCAGGGUAUUCAAAAGCUCCGACAACGGCGAAACGAGCUUUUUGGUCGUUUUGGCUCGCUAGUUCCGUCGUUUUUGUCAGCAUUUUAUACAACGUCGUUGAAAACUACCUCAAAGAACUCGAACUCUUCAAAAUCGGCGAAUCAGCGGCAAAAGAAUUCAUUCAAAUCAUCAUCGAGAAAAACUACGAUUAUGAACAACUAAAGCCGAUCUUUCUUGAAAGAAGCAAAGAAAAUAUCAUGACUUUCGCUCUAGGAAAGGUUAUUUUAAUUGAGUCAAAGAAAGAUGAGGAGCUGAAGUUCAAAAUUAUCGCUGCCAGAAAUUUUCUUCACUUCGUCGUCAAUGAGUUUAAAACUGAAGAUGUAAAGAUGGGGACUAGCUUAUCAGGAAAAGAUCGAAAUCGUAUCGGAUAA